AUGGCUCCCAUCAUUUCCGUUAUCCCGAGAAAAAAGGCACUUCUUGUCGCUGUCAGGUACCAAGAGUUACACGACAAUCAUCCCGACGAGAAUCCACCGUUCCUCUUACCCGGUACUAAACACGACCCUCCGAGGAUUAGAAGAUUGCUCAUUGAUAGGUACGGGUAUGCCGAAAAAGACAUCGUAAUUCUUAUGGAUGACGAUAAACACGUGCGACCAACGAACGACACAAUGAUAAAAGCAAUGAAGGCACUUGUCCAAGAUGCUCAGCCUGGAGACCAUUUCGUCUUUUCCUGCAAUUUGACACCUUCCUUGACAGUUUCGGGACAUGGCUCGCAAAUUGUGAAUGAAGACGGCACGGAAGAAGAUGGGUUCGAUGAAGUGUUUUGGCCUGUCGACGUGCAAUAUGACCCCAGUAAGAGCGACACUGAGAGGGCAACCAACUACAUCAUGGAUGAUGACUUAAAAAGGAUCUUGGUUGACGAUUUGCCGCCAAAAGCUCAUCUCACGGUCUUACUGGAUUGCUGUCAUUCAGGAACUGGAGCCGACUUACCCUUUCACCAAGCCGACAAUAGUCUUGACAGCCAGUGGUCACCAAGUACCUCUCUGGUCUCUUCACCCGUCAAUUUAGAUUCGCCUGAAUUUCCUCGCCAGUUAGCAGGAGGCGAGGCGAGAACAAACCAGGAACGGACCACAUCACUUGACGCUGUACUCAGUGUCUCUCCACCUAAUAAUUUAGGUUCAUCUGAACUUCCGCAUCGGUUAUUAGGCAGCGAGACGAAAACAAACCUGGAACGAACCGUAUCACUUGACGCUGUACUCAGUGUCUCUUCACCUGUCGACUUAGGCCCGUCUGGGCUCCCUCGUCGGUUAUUAGGAAACGGGGCAAAAACAAACCCGGAACGAACGACAUCCUUAAACGUUAUACUUAGCGAGUCACGUUCUUCUACAGUGGACUCAAAAUCAUCAAUGUUAAAGAGGAAUCCAAAACGAACAGGGAGCAUGAAGAUGCCAUAUAUGGCUCGUGGUGGUCUUAUUUCGGUCAUGCCUAAUGGAGCGACUGUCGCUCAGACUGAAGAAGUAUCUGUUGAUACAAAGGUCGUAUCUGAGAAAAAGGUCGAGGACCUUGCACAUGUAACGUCCUGGUCUGCAUGCUCGGAUGACCAACUGGGUCUUGAUAGCAACAAUGGGGGCAUUCUGACGGAUACAUUUGUGCAGUUACUUUGUGAUGGACAUCCCUGGACAAACAGGGAGAUGUUAAAGGAACUCAACAAAAGGGUAUUUGAUCUGGCUUAUGAAGCAAAGCCCGAGUUCAAAAAGAGAAAGUGGGCACUCCCACAGCCAAAGCCAUGUCUUGGAAGCCUUCGGCCCCUGGACGAGAUUCUUGACGAGCCGUUUACGUUCUAA